AUGAUGGACGAACCUCCCCAUCUCAUGACGCUACCAUACGUCCUCCGCGAGGAGAUCUUGAAGGAGGUCAUCUGUUCGGACAAUCCCUUCAGGUUGUUUGCUAAACACAUCGGAACAUGCAAAGAUCUCGGAAAGGUUGUCCUCCCUCAUGACGACCAUCCGCCCUUGAGCAUCUUCCUAGUCUGCAAGCAGUUGAAUGAGGAGGCCACUUGGAUUCUCUACCGCUUCAGAGCGCUGCAGAUAGCACCACCACUCAGGGCUGGAACUCGUAUCCCCUCUAUGGUCCGUGUAUUCGGAUCUGACAAAUUGAAGUUGCUCCGCAAAAUCGAGAUCACGAUACGCCCGAAUCCCAAUGUGCCCAACGACAUCUGCAAAUGCAGUGUCAUUAGGGGCGCAAGACCCAUCUACAACUUCGCUUACGGUAUGACCGAGGCUAUCGCCUACAUCGCGCAGCAUGCCAAGAAUCUCAAAUAUCUGAAGGUGGAUAUGCUCGACACUGAUUUCAUGAUGCGUCAUGCCAUCGUCUUGUUCUUCACGGUCAUAGCCAGUCUCACUACCAUCAAGGGUCUUAAUCGAUUGGAUGUUGGCCAAGCCUUCCCGGGCAUUUGGGUAUUCUAUCUUUCCAAGAAGUUGGGUGCCCCAGCCAUGCUUCGCAAAGACAACUCGGACGGUGUCGGUGUCUUCAAGGCUGCCAUGGAAAGCUAUCGUGAGCAGGUGAUCGAAUUCGAGUCUUAUGUGGGCAGUGAUUCCAAGGAAGAGUUCGACUGGCGUGAAACAGUCUAUCAUUAUGAUACGGCGGAUAUUCUCGAAUCACCGGGCCCCCUCAACUCCAACGCAUCGAUUUUCGGAGCCAAUACCACGGAAGAGAUUGCUCGGCAAGUUGAUAGAGGCCUCAACAUCUAUCUCGACACUAUUGAGCUGGCCGAAUCCUGGAAAAUCACUCGGCAGCAGUCCCACGAUGAGCAGUACCUGGAAAACAUCCGCAUGCAGCGCGACUAUCUUCUGCACUUCUGGAACGAGCUGAAGGCCAUGGGCGGUCUGAAGUUCGAUCCUUAUAGCAUUUGA